GAUAGAUGCGCCUAAGAUAACAUCUCCUUUCACUGUUUCUUGCCCAGACGACUCUUGGCAGUCAAUCUCGAGGGACGAAUGGCAGCAACGUCCGGGGUUAGAAUCUGCUUGUUGAUCGUCCUUCUACUUCUAGAGGUUAUCUUCGCGAUUCAGCUACAGGUCAGUGAAGGGAAGACGGAUCUUCAACUAAAAGUUAACAGUAGGAUCCUUCAGGAAUCCGUUAUUGAAUUAAUUAAUGAUAAUGCUCAAGCCGGAUGGAAAGCUGCUAUGAACCCUCGAUUUACCAACUAUACUGUUGGCCAAUUUAUGCACCUUCUUGGAGUUAAACCGAUCCCAGAUGGUGAUUUGAAGGGAAUUCCUGUUGUUACUCACAGAAAAGGUCUGAAGUUGCCAAAAAAGUUUGAUGCACGAACAGUUUGGCCCCAAUGCAGCACAAUCGGGAAAAUUCUUGAUCAGGGACAUUGUGGUUCUUGUUGGGCUUUUGGUGCUGUUGAGGCUCUGUCUGAUCGCUUCUGCAUUCACUUUGGCAUGAAUAUCUCUCUCUCAGUCAAUGAUCUUUUAGCAUGCUGCGGCUUUAUGUGUGGUGAUGGUUGUGAUGGAGGCUAUCCCAUAUCAGCAUGGCGAUACUUUGUCCAUACUGGUGUUGUGACUGAAGAGUGUGAUCCUUACUUUGAUAAUAUUGGAUGCUUCCACCCGGGUUGUGAGCCUGUAUACCCCACCCCUGUGUGCGAGAAGAGAUGCAAAAAAGGAAACAUGCUCUGGGAAGAGUCAAAGCACUUUGGUGUCGAUGCAUAUAGGAUUAGUUCGGAUCCCUAUAGUAUAAUGGCAGAAAUUUUCAUGAAUGGACCAGUUGAGGUUUCUUUCACUGUCUACGAGGAUUUUGCUCAUUACAAGUCAGGAGUUUACAAGCACAUAACAGGCGAUAAGAUGGGAGGUCAUGCUGUUAAGCUAAUAGGUUGGGGAACUAAUGAUGAUGGGCAGGACUACUGGCUUUUAGCAAAUCAGUGGAACAGAAGCUGGGGUGAUGAUGGAUACUUCAUGAUCAGAAGAGGAACAAAUGAGUGUGGCAUUGAAGUAGGUGCUGUGGCAGGAUUACCUUCGACAAGAAACUUGAUCAUUGAGCAUGGCCAUGUGGAUGUAUCACGUGAUGCCUCAGUUUGAGACCAAGGAUCACUAGGACACUUGAUUUGAUAUAUGGCAAAAUGGACAUGGAUGUUGUGUUGUUCUAGGACUUUGUGUUAAAUGCUGCAUUGUUCUAGGAAUUUGUGUUAAAGGCCGAAAGAAUAACGAGCAUGCUCUACUGUUGGGGUUUGAUGAGCAUCAGUUGCAUUGUUUCUUUGUUAGGAACUGUUAUAACAUUGUCCAGAUAUAGUUAUGAUGGAAAAGGUUGUCUUCUCUCUUU